AUGCUUUGUAAUGAAGCAGAAUAUUAUGAUAAUUUUCAAGAAGAAGAAUCAACAGAGAUUUUUGUUGAGAUUGAAAAUACGUUAGAAAGGGCACUGCAAACCAUUCGGGAACAACAUGCAUUAUCAAACAUUCGAUGGGCAAAGUCUUUUAAUAAAAAUACAGAAGAUGUUAGAAAGAUAGUUAAUAAUAUUAAUAGAUAUAAUAAUAGAAUUACCAAUCCAAAAACUUGGAAAGAACAUAAUAAUAAUACUAUGUUUUAUGAGUAA